AGGGGGGAGGUAUAAUUUGAGAGCUUGUGCUUCCCUGACAUUUGUAAAUUGAUAGGUAAUAACCUAAAACCCUCAGUAUUUUCCAUCAAUGGCAACCUCCAACUCCAACACCACAAGUGUGAGCAUGAAGCUACUGGUGGACUCAACUCGUGGCAAAGUUCUGUUUGCAGAAGCGAGCAAGGAUGUCGUUGAUUUUCUCUUCACUCUCCUGUCCCUGCCUGUAGGGACUGUGAUUAGGCUCCUCUCCAAAGACGGCAUGGUUGGUAGCUUGGGAAAGCUUUAUGAGAGUGUUGAAAAUCUCGAUGACACAUACUUGCAACCAAAUCUCAACAAGGACAUGUUGCUGGAACCAAAGACAACAGUUGCUGGUGCCAAUAUCCUUCCUUUGCUGACCAACAACAUUGACUCGAAUGCUAAACAGUUCUACCUUUGUACGUGUUGCGAUCGCAGAAUUUCUGAUGUAUCUGGAACUGUUUGCCCAAAUUGCAACCGUAGCAUGUCCACUGUGUUGACUUAUAUUUCUCCAGCACCUACCGUGGCAAGACCCAUCGAGGGAGGGUAUGUCAAGGGAGUAGUGACAUACAUGGUCAUGGAUGACUUGGAGGUGAAGCCAAUGUCCACCAUUUCAAGCAUAGCUAUGCUGAACAAGUUCAAUGUGAAGGAGGUUGGUGCUCUUGAAGAGAAAGUGGUUAAUCUUGGCAUGGAAGAGGGUUUGAAGCUGCUGAAGGCAUCAUUGGAGACCAGUACAGUUCUUACAAAAGUGUUUCUGGGUGAUAAGAAGGCAUAAAAUGUUUCUGCAUUUUCAACUCAUCAGUUUCGUAUUUCUUUAUGAUGUCAUUUUAGAGCUUACGUUAUUCCGGAUUUAAGGAUAUGUAAUAAUAAGCUUUUCUAAUAUCGGUUUGUUUUUGUUUUUGUUUUGUUUUUUCCAAACGGUCUAUGUUUUCCUAGUGUACUAUCGGGAACACAUCCAAUGAAGACGGGGUAGGGCAUGAUAUUCA